AUGAUUUUUAAAAUUGGUGGAGUGGUUCUGACCAGGGAAAACUGGGAGUCAUCGGUUUGGAUUUUGCUUGAUUCCAUGGGCUUUCAUGAAGCCAAUGAUCCACGGCCUUUCAAAAUUAAGUCCCCAUGUUCAGUCAGUGGAAACUGUUACCAGGAGCCUGCUAAUAGUCCAUGGCUUCUGCAUGGUGAAGACUUUGUAGCUGUAAAGGUUAAGGAUCAAGCUCCAAAUAUUGAACUGCAAAAGGAGAAUGAAAAGUUGUGGGCUGAAAAUGAGGAGAUGAUCCCUAAGCGAGAAGAAAUGCUGGAAGUAGAGAACUCAAAGUUGCACAAGAAGCCAAUUGAACAAAUGGAUCAGAAAAUGAACAUCAUAAAGCAGAAGUCGAGGUUUAUCAGUGAGGAGGAAUCAGGAAUGUCCGUGUUACCAUGCAUACAGUUCGAACAUGAGAAGGAAUUCAGUGUUUGCUUGCAGUGUAGCAAGAAUGGGCUGCUGACGGCAACAACCACCGUUGAGGAACAACAAAUGAAGAGACAUAAAACUGCUGAUGACAUCAAACAAGAGGGAUGGGAGAAAUUCAUUGACUUAGAUAAGGGUGAAGCCACUUUUAAAUGUACAAGCCAGGAUAUGUCACCAAGAUUUGCUAUCAGGUUAAGAUCUGGGUCUGAUUCUGCUAGACUUGAGAAGAAAUUUUCCUUAGAAGGAAAUAAAGGAGCAAGCAUGUUGGGCUUGAUACAACAAACAUGGGUUGGGCCACAGCCAAGUUCUCUAACAGAAGAAACAAAGCCCAAUUCUGACAGACCAGACCAGAUGUUGCACUUCACAUGCGGCUGUGUAGCAGACCCAAAUCCAGGUACAAACUUAUUAAGAUAUUUAACUUAUUUUUUUCUUUUCUGGUGGGAAAGGCAAUUCGGGAUAUUGGGCACUUAUGUCAUAACACAAAAGGGUGAAACUGUCGUUGACACAAGUUUUGCAGAUGAAGAACCGGUGGCUCAGGUGCUGAAUCUCAAGGGGGUUUUCCCAGUUCCCUCUCAUUUUCUUGCCAAUUCACCUUCCAGGCUCCCUUCUUCUGGUGUGCUUCCAUUAAAAGAUUCUCUGAAAGCAUAUGCUUCAUCCGCAGCUCUGCAAACAUUAGAAAAUGGUUGCUUGGAAAUUGAAGAAAUGAAGGUAAACAUUGGGAAGGGAUCACACUCGCACAGUCAUUCACUUACUAUGAUUGAUAAAACUCAUGAACUAAUUGGAGGGGACAAAUCUUCCUCUCGCACAAGCCCACAAGCAUGCAAGGCUUCACAUUAUAGUUUGCUAAUGGAGAAUCUCGACAUUUUAGAGGAGACAUUUGCUGAUUCAGAUGUGUUAACAUUGGAGAGGGAAAUUCUACUGCAACUAGGAAGGCUUGGAGCUCUGAAAUUAUUCAACACCUGUCUCUCUAGGACUCUUAAAGCGUCAGAAAUUUUGGACCUAUCUGAUGUUCCUGCUAAUAGUGGAGAUUGUAAUUUGAAUCUCUCAGUGGAUGGUCAAAAGGAUAAAAUUGCUGUUUGCUCUAGGAAAAAGAAACAACGCAAAAAGAUAAGAGAAAGGGCACUAGAAAACCCCACUAUAAUUUCUACCCAAUUGCCGCCAUUGAACACCCUGCAUGGACGCUUUCAAAAGCCCAAAGUGUCUUCUGCAAAAAGAGUGAAAGACUCUAGAAGUAAAAGAUUGAGAAUUGCUAGAAAUGAAGCAGAAAUGUCGAAGGGAGUGAAGGUGGUUGCAAACUUGGAGAGAAUUAGAACAACUUUAGAAGAGGAAACGGGUAGAGCGGCGAGCUUGAGUUGCUGGGCAGAAGCAGCCGGAGUUAAUGAGAAGGUGCUGCAGCAGCAUUUGCAUUUUGGUUGGUAUUGCAGAGAUGAGCUACUAAGGAGUACUCGCUCUUUAGUCCUCUACUUUGCAAGGAACUAUAGAGGUCUGGGAAUAGCCCAUGAAGAUUUAAUCCAGGCAGGAAGUUUAGGCGUCUUACAAGGUGCUGAACGGUUUGACCACACAAGGGGAUACAGAUUUUCUACCUAUGUACAGUUCUGGAUAAGAAAAUCAGUUUCAAGGAUAGUUGCAUGUCAUGCUCGAGGGAUUCAAGUUCCUUGCACGUUAAGCAGGGCAAUAGUUCAGAUACAGAAAGCUCGAAAGGCCCUUAGCAAAAGCCAUGGCAAAUACCCAGACGAGGAUGCAAUUGCCAAGUUCACGGGUCUUUCUUUGGCUAAAAUCAGAUCAGCUAAUAAAUGCAUGAGGGUUGUGGGUUCAAUUGACCAGAAAAUUGGAGAUUGUAUGAAUGCAAAAUAUUUGGAAUUUAUCCCCGAUUUGUCAGUAAGGAGCCCAGAAAAAACUGUUAUGAGGCAGCACAUGAAGGAAGAUAUUCAUGAUCUUUUGAAUGGUUUGGAUGCAAGAGAGAGGCAAGUGAUGGUUUUACGUUAUGGGCUCAAGGGCUCUCCCCCUAAGUCUCUUGAGGAGAUUGGGAGGCUCUUUCAUGUGAGCAAAGAGUGGAUAAGAAGGAUAGAGAUGAAAGCAAUGGAAAAAUUGAGGGACAAAGAAACGUGCAGAAAUUUAGGCCAUUAUUUGGAUUUAUAGUUAGGGUUACAGUUUGAAAUAGCUUUCAUGUUGGCUGUUUUCGGUGUUGGAGCCUGAGAACACACUUACUUGCAUUCUCUAAAACUAUGAUAGAUGAGUAAAUUGUAAAGAGCUUUGCAAAAUCCAAAACAGAAGGAAAAUGUACAUUCAACUGUACAAGGUUCAAAAUCAACAUGGUAUUGUCUUGAAGUCUUCA